CAGAGAAAAUAAAAGUGUAAGAUAGACCUGGAGGAACAGGUACAGAGAAAGAGGUUAACAGAGAAUCACAGAUACACGUGAAGGGGCCCUAGUGGGGGGAGGGGGAGAGGACAUAUACAGUUGCACACUUUAUAUGUGUGCAGUUUACUGAACCUCAAUUGUACUGUAAAAUUGUAAAACAGAAGAGAAAUAAAGGAAAAUAAAAGGCUUGAGAAUUCUAAAGUAGAUAUGACAGUUUCCAGAGAAUCACAGUGACAGGCAGCAUGACAGAGAGAAAGGAAUGGGGCACAGAGACACUGAGACAGAGAGAAAGCAACCCUGAGACGAGAGACAGACAGACAGACAGACUCUCAGUGGGUAGCACAAGUUCAGAGAUUCAGAAAGUUUCAGUGGGAAAAGAAAACAAAGAUCUGAUGGGAGAGUUUAAAAAACAAACCUGGUACAAGAAGUAAGGCGAGAGAGAGGCAGAAUGAAUGAAAGGCGCAGAAGAAACCUGAGCCAGGAGGAAGGCCCAGCAGGGGUGAGCAGCCAUGGGAGUCUGGGGAGACCCUCCCCAUCCUCCGUGGGCAGGCUGGGAGUGGCUCGGGCUAGGUGAGGGCUGCUGGGCGCGGAGGGAAGGUGAGGCGAGGCUGCAGGAGCGAUUACCGACUGUCAGCCGGCUGACAGACUGACGGCCUGACCCGGGCGCCUCACUCCCCUGGAAUGCGCCCGGGGGACCAGAGGGCGGUUACAACCCAGGGCCUUACGGGAGCUGAGAAAGAGGCUUGGGCAGGCAGGAAGGCAGCACGGGCUGAGGAAUCUGCAGCUUGCCAGAAGCCAGCCCCUCACCCACCACCCAAACGAGGCAGGUGCAGCGGCCAUGGCCAGAGCAGGAGAUAUCCGGAUGUGGAUGCUGGGUACCCUGAUCACGGCCCUGAUUCUGGGGGCCACAGAGCCUGUCCUUGCAGAUGACGCCUCCUGUAACAACCCAUCCGGCGGCAACCGGGUCCUUGGAGGCGAGGCCGAGGCCGGGGAGGACACCAGGUCCAACGACGAGGGCAGCAGCAGCCGCAUCGUGAACGGGUCCGACUGCAAGAGGGACUCGCAGCCCUGGCAGGGCGCCCUGCUGCUGGCGCCCAGCAAGCUGUACUGCGGGGCGGUGCUGGUGCACCCCCAGUGGCUGCUGACCGCCGCGCACUGCCGGAAGCCGGUUUACAGGAUCCGUCUCGGCCACCACUCUAUGUCUCCCGUCUAUGAGUCUGGACAGCAGAUGUUCCGGGGCGUCAAAUCCAUCCCCCACCCUGGCUACUCCCACCCUGGCCACUCCAAUGACCUCAUGCUCAUCAAACUGAACAAAGAAAUCCAAGUCAGCCGCUCGGUCAGGCCUGUCAACAUCACCUCCCACUGCCCCGCCCCCGGGACCCAGUGCCUGGUGUCAGGCUGGGGCAGCACCAGCAGCUUCCAGCACAUCUUCCCCAGGACGCUCCAGUGCCUAAACAUCAAAGUGCUGAGCCAGGAGAGGUGCAAGGACGCCUACCCCGGACAGAUAGAUGACACCAUGUUCUGUGCCGGCGACGAGGAUGCCAGAGACUCCUGCCAGGGCGACUCCGGGGGUCCCGUGGUGUGCAACAGCUACCUGCAGGGCCUGGUGUCCUGGGGUGACUUCCCCUGUGCCCAGCCCAACAGACCGGGCGUCUACACCAACCUCUGCCACUUCAACAAGUGGAUCCACAACACCAUCAAGAACAACUGAGUCCCCACCGCCCAGGGACCGGCUCGCCUUCCGGGAUGCCAGGACCUUCACUCGCCUACUCGUGUCCAGAGCAGGACGCCCUUCCCGGCGGUGGGCCGGCCCUGCCUCUCUCGUGGGACUCUAGGGACAAUUCCCAGAAUGACCGGUGCAGGAUCACAUCUCCGACCUCAGCCCGGAGAGUCCAAAUUCAGUCCCUGAAGUAAAACACCUAAGAAGUGG